AUGGUAUGGUACCGCUUUACCACCCUGUCCGGCAUUACUCUCAUUAUUCUCCUCUCCGCCGUGGCCGUCGUCACCGGCAGCCCUUGUGAAUCCACUCCCGACCCAAUCUUCUGCCAAUCCUUCAUCUCAUCAAACGACAGCGCAAGUUCCUCCGGCGAUGUCUUCGACUACACCCGAUUCUACGUCAAGAAAUCCAUGCGCUCCGCCGAGAAGUUCUUGUCUCUCAUCGAAAAGAACCUCCGGAAAUCCAAAUACUUGACUCCCACCGCCAUCCGCGCGCUGGAAGACUGCAAAUUGAUGGCGCAAUUAAACAUCGAUUUCCUGACGAAUUCGUUCCAAGUGGUGGGCAAUACAUCCAAAGUCCUCACAUCGUUGAAAGCCGAGGAUGUCUUAACUCUUCUCAGCGCCAUUUUAACAAACGUUGACACAUGUAGACAGGGUCUUAGAGACUCUUCCGACACAUGGAGUGUCAGAAACGACAUCGUGGCCCCGCUCUCCACGGACACGAAGCUCUUCCGUCUUUCUCUAGCCCUCUUCACCAAAGGUACUGAUACUUCCUCUUCGGGCGGAAGCGGCAGUGGGACCGACGCCGACGCUGUUCUGAUUAAGGAGAUUGUGAUUGUGAGUCAGGACGGAACCGGGAAUUACACCACCGUGAGCGCCGCCCUGGCCGAGGCGCCGAAAUAUUCCGACGGAUCAGAUGGGUACUACUUGAUUUACGUGACGGCGGGGGUAUACGAGGAAUACAUUUCCAUUGGGAAGAGCCAGAAAUAUUUGAUGAUGGUGGGAGAUGGGAUCAACCGGACCAUUAUUACUGGGAAUCACAGCUUCGUAGAUGGCUGGACGACUUUCAAUUCUUCCACAUUUGGUUAUCUACCGUCGUGUUGA